AUGAAAUUUAAGGAAACUCGACAAGGUGAAAGGUCAUUUAAAUGUCCAGAAUGUGGGAAAUCAUUUAUUACAAAAACAAAUCUUGUUGAACAUCAGAGAAUUCACACAGGAGAGAAACCGUAUUCAUGUACAGAAUGUGAGAAGUGUUUUCGUCAGAAGUCAAAUCUUUUUCGACAUCAGAGAAUUCACACAGGAGAGAAGCCGUUUUCAUGUACAGAAUGUGAGAAGAGUUUUAGUCAUAAAAUAAAUCUUGCAAGUCAUGAGAAAAUUCACACAGGAGAGAAGCCGUUUUCAUGUACAGAAUGUGAGAAGUGUUUUCGUCAGAAGUCAAUUCUUUUUCGACAUCAGAGAAUUCACACAGAAGAGAAGCCGUUUUCAUGUACAGAAUGUGAGAAGUGUUUUAGUCAAAAGUCAGAUCUUGUUCGACAUCAGAUUAUUCAUACAGGGAUAAAGCCAUUUAAAUGUACAGAAUGUGAGAAGAGUUUUAGUCAUAAAAUAAGUCUUGCACGUCAUGAGAAAAUUCACACAGGAGAGAAGCCGUUUUCAUGUACAGAAUGUGAGAAGUGUUUUAGUCGGAAGUCACAUCUUGUUCAACAUCAGAGAAUUCACACAGGAGAGAAGCCGUUUUCAUGUACAGAAUGUGAGAAGAGUUUUAGUCAUAAAAUAAAUCUUGUACAUCAUGAGAGAAUUCACACAGGAGAGAAGCCGUUUUCAUGUACAGAAUGUGAGAAGUGUUUUAGUCAAAAGUCAGAUCUUGUUCAACAUCAGAUUAUUCAUACAGGGAUAAAGCCAUUUAAAUGUACAGAAUGUGAGAAAUGUUUUAAUGAUAAAUCAACUCUUUUGAAACAUUUAAAAAUUCACACGAGGAAAACUGAACACAGACUGGGUGAAAUGUCAACAAGAGCUAAAUGUAGGAAACCUUUAGAAAUGAAAUUUAAGAAAACUCGACAAGGUGAAAGGUCAUUUAAAUGUCCAGAAUGUGGGAAAUCAUUUAUUACAAAAACAAAUUUUAUUGAACAUCAGAGAAUUCACACAGGAGAGAAACCGUAUUCAUGUACAGAAUGUGAGAAGUGUUUUCGUCAGAAGUCAAUUCUUGUUCAACAUCAGAGAAUUCACACAGGAGAGAAGCCGUUUUCAUGUACAGAAUGUGAGAAGAGUUUUAGUCAUAAAAUAAAUCUUGCACGUCAUGAGAAAAUUCACACAGGAGAGAAGCCGUUUUCAUGUACAGAAUGUGAGAAGUGUUUUCUUCAGAAGUCACAUCUUGUUCAACAUCAGAGAAUUCACACAGGAGAGAAGCCGUUUUCAUGUACAGAAUGUGAGAAGUGUUUUCGUCAGAAGUCAAUUCUUUUUCGACAUCAGAGAAUUCACACAGAAGAGAAGCCGUUUUCAAGUACAGAAUGUGAGAAGUUUUUUUGUCAGAAGUCAAUUCUUUUUCGACAUCAGAGAAUUCACACAGAAGAGAAGCCGUUUUCAUGUACAGAAUGUGAGAAGUGUUUUAGUCAAAAGUCAGAUCUUGUUAAACAUCAGAUUAUUCAUACAGGGAUAAAGCCAUUUAAAUGUACAGAAUGUGAGAAGAGAUUUAGUCAUAAAAUAAAUCUUGCACGUCAUGAGAAAAUUCACACAGGAGAGAAGCCGUUUUCAUGUACAGAAUGUGAGAAGUGUUUUCUUCAGAAGUCACAUCUUGUUCAACAUCAGAGAAUUCACACAGGAGAGAAGCCGUUUUCAUGUACAGAAUGUGAGAAGUGUUUUAGUCAAAAGUCAGAUCUUGUUCAACAUCAGAUUAUUCAUACAGGGAUAAAGCCAUUUAAAUGUACAGAAUGUGAGAAAUGUUUUAAUGAUAAAUCAAAUCUUUUGAAACAUUUAAAAAUUCACACGAGGAAGUAG